AUGCGUCCAGAGAAUGUGGAUGCGCGAUCAACUGCUGUCUACCUGUUAGAAUUACGCAAGGCGGUCGAGCGCGAUAGAAAACGUCGUUCCAGAGGCAUUCUAGAAAUACAAACAUCCUCCAUGAUUCAAGGCCAAUCAGACGAAGAGCCGAAUGUUAUUGUUGAAAGUCGGUCUUCGCCAACAUCAACAAGUAGUACUUCAGAACUAACCUGGCUUGAUGAUGAAAUUGACGACGAUUCCGAUGAUGAAGACGGUAAUGUCAGUCAUCUACCUGAUCCGGAUCAUUUUACUAUAGUAAUCGAAACUACACUGGCAUGGCUAUUAGCUAUGGAAGAACAAUUCGGACAGAAAGAUUUACAAGAGGAGUCACGUGGUUUCGCUGGUUAUUCGUUGAAUAAAACUGAUCAUUUGCAGUCAGUACAUAAUGAAGAGGAUAAGACCUUUAUUGCACGUCUUCAAAGAGCGAAUUCAACCGAGACAAAACUGAUGCAUGCUGGAAUUUUGAAAAAUAUUGAUGAAGCUAGGGAUAGAUUCGAAACACAUGAGGAUUUAACAGCACAUUUAUCACGUCGCCAAAUGGCUGUUGGUCGUUGUCUUCGUCUUGGCAAUCGUUUGAUAAAAACUCAUGAAAAUCUGGACAAUGUUCUGAAAAAUAGUGGAAAUGAUGAACAGCUUAACUCUGAUGAUACCGAUAAUGAUGAGGAAAGACGAAGGCAGCUACAAGUCAAACAGAAGCUACGUGAAUUAGAUCCUGUUGUAAUUCAACGGCAAACUGUUCUUCUGGCAACGCGAUGGAAUAAUCUGUGUCGUUUAAACUCUACAAUAGGUAAACGUGUAACAGCCUCUCUGUUAAGACGACAAACUAUGCUUUUGAGCGCCAUACGUAUACAACUCGACAAGUUGGAGAAUGAACAGACUAGUCAGUCAAGUCAGCCGAUCGGUCCAUCGAUUUCUGAUGUAAAGCGACAGCUUGAAGAGAAUAGGCACUUGGAACAAUUAAUUGAAUCUGGUGAGGCAUUGGCUGAACGCCUAGACAACUUCAUAACUAUAGUUCCUCAGAGAACAUCAGAUAAUGAAGAGACUUAUGUGAAUGAACGUGGUCUUGAAAAUGUGAUUUCUGAGUUGGCCACACGUUGGAGUCGGUUAGUUGGUUGGGUGAACACACGUUAUGCCUGCCUACAGAAUGUUCUAUUACAUUGGAGACAUUUCGAAGAAGAGGCGAGUGUUUUAUCUGACUGGUUGGAUGAACGUGCAGACGAUGUGACUAAAGCGUUGGCCAAUAUUAUCCCCUCGGUGUCAACAAAUACAGCCAAAGAUUUCAUCACCACAUCACAUUCACGGCACAGUUCACUUGGUAAUGAAGUUGACAUGUUGAGUGAACAGAAAUUUUCUAAUUAUAAGUGCCUUGAGAGAGCUGGAUCCAGUGGCAGUUCUGUUAUGCAAACACAGGACAGCAUGGAAAGGAUUACAAUAUCGAAAGAUAAUUUAAAUCGUGACAGUUUACAGAUGAUUUUAAGUCAAAAUGAUGCUGAAAUGGAGGCAAUUGACGCUUGUUUAUCGCCACACGAAUCCCGUUGGGCACAACUACUAGCCAGUUUAGAUCGUCGAGCUCAAGCAAUCCGUGAAGCCUGUGGUGAUACUGACAGUGUUAGUCGUUUAGUUGAAAAAACUGUUGACCAGUUAGUAUCACGGUGGAGUCAACUACGCGAUCCUCAAAUCAACUGCGAAGAUUGGCCUGAAAAAGAUUUGAAAGACGUUGAGAAAUAUGUGGAGUCUACAACUAGAACAAGUUUGCUGAGCAGUAUUCCACAUCACUCGACAAGAUCUGAACAGAAUUCACAAACAGAAGUCAAAAGAACGGCUGAAGGACACCUUGUGAUUCCGAAAGCAACAAAAUUGUCACGUUUCGAUAUGCAACCACCACCAUCUCCAACUGGUUAUCGUGCAGAAUUUGAGGCUAAAGCUGAAGAACUACUGAACUGGUUGGAUAACAGUGCUGAAAUACUAGAACUGAUUACAAUGGAUAAACGUCGUGCUCUGGAAGCUAGUGGACAAGCUAAGGCUUUAGGUCGACAUGUUGUGUCUGCUCGUCCUCCUAAUGAAGAAGAUAAUGGUGAUGGUGGUGACGAUGACGAUGAUGAUGAGGAUGCUGCAAUCCGUGUGAUUAAUCGUGUAACUAAUGAACUUGAAGAUUGGCGAAAUAUUAAACAGCGUGUUCUACUGUUAGGCGAACAGUAUCGUGAUGAACUAGCACAAGCUGGGGAAAAUAUUGAGGAACUCGACCAGCUAUUCGACGAAGUUGAAGAGAGAUGGAGUUAUCUUGACAAACUAUUGAUUGAAGCAAAUCGUCAAGUGAGAAUUACAAACCAGAGUGCUGAAUUCCAACAAGAAGCCGCCAAAAUACAUGCAUUAUUGUCGCAGUCACAAGAGGAUGCAGUGGAAAUGGAUGCAGGUGAGAUGGGAGUGGAUGAAGGAAACCGAAUCGAACCUAAGUCACAGUUCAGUGAAAUCAAAUCUCAAUCGAACAGUGAAGUGGACUCUGGUGAUAAAAAUAUAAACCAAAGAUUAGAAGAUAUUUGGAUGUUUUUAAACCACGUAAAGGAAGCUAUUUCACUGCCUAUCAGUAUUGGUCAUCCUGAAGACGCGGAUGAACAGCUUGGGAGCUUAAAUAAAAUGGUGAAAGAUUUUGAAGCGACAACAGAAUUUCUUGUUAAUUCGGAAAUGAAUUCAUCUAGUCAACUGGAAUCUGUCAGUUGGACUGGGAAACUGAAAGAUCUCCGGGAACAGUAUGAAAACAUCGCUGUAGACUUGAAUGCACGCGUUAAUUUCCUUCAAGAUCUAUCAGAACAACAUGAACUAUUUUUGAACCAAUUUGAAGGAAUUGAAAAAUGGCUUGCUGACAUGACCGACUACUUGGAUUCGGUAUCACGUGCUCAUCUGCCAUCAGUACCAGUUAUUCAAGCACAAUUGCAAGAAAGUUGUGAAGCUCUGAAUGACAUGAAAACACUUAAACCAACUUUACAGAAAGUUGAUGAAGUUGCACGAAAACUGCUGGAAUACUUUAGUCCUGCCUAUGCUGAACUAACGAACAAUCGUCUUCAAUCGCUGCAUGAUGACUGGAAUGAGGUGAAAACUCUAACCAAGUCAAACAGAGAUCAUUUAAAAGCCAAAUUAGCUGAAGCCAACUGUUCAUCUGCAACUGGUAGAAAUCAAGAAUUCAAUGGGACAGUAGCAACAGCAUCGAAUCCACCGUCAUCGUCAACAACGUCAGCUGAUCAACAUACGGCAUGUAAAAAUGACUCAACUGAACAAGCGAAUACCAACAACAAUCAUACCAACGAUAAUAUUACGUCGUCAUCGCCUUCUACUCAUGAGGUGACGGCGAACAUCAACUCAUUAGGAGUGUUAUCGACUACGCCUAUCAUCACGACGCCAAAUACUGUACACGUGGAUAUUGACGCACUAGAAGCCUGGAUGCUUCAGUCAAAGGAAAGUCUAUCUCAUUUUGCAACUGUAAAUGAUCCAACAGAUUUGAAGAAACUAGAAAAUGCCAUCAAGUUGAUUGGUGACAAAAUCACUGAGAAUCGACCAGUUUUGGCUGCAAUCGAUACGUGUCAUGCAGUCAACCUGGCAGGUCAAUCGAUUCUGGAUACAGAUGCCUUGUUAACGAAAGCACAUUUUGCUGAUUUAGAGUCUGCUGUAGCAGCUGAAAGAGAACGACUAAUGGCGGCAGUGUAUCAUUUAGAUGAUUUUAAAACCUUGUUAAACAGUGAAAAACGAUGGUUUGAAACAGUCCGUAUAGUUAAUGAACGAGUUAAAAGUAGCAAUUAUGUUGAUCUCAAUGAGAUUACGGAUGAUUUGGAGGCAAUUGAUAGACUGUCACGAGAGCACACAAUUGAUGAUGAGGAACGCCUAAACAAAUUGGCUAGUUCUCUAAACGAAUCACGUGUUAUGGGUACUGUAAUUCUGAAGGAAUUGGAAAAGUACAAGACAGAAUUGACAUUAGUUAAAUUUGAGAUCAAUUCAACAACAGCCUAUCUAAAAAGUCUUGUCAAUCAACUACGUACAAUUGAAGAACGUGUUGCAGAAAUUGACAGUAGUCUAUUGAACAUUGAAAAUGACUUUGAAAAUUGUCUGAACAAUGAACACUUUGAUAGUGAUAUGCUUGUAUUAGCCGAUAAAUGGAAAGCGCAUAUAAAAAGUACAAAUAAUCUAAUUAGAGAAUUGGACGAGAAUAUUAAAUAUAAAUCCUUGGAGCCUGGUAAUGAUUGCUUAAUUAAUCGAUUGAAAGUGUAUAAAUCCCAGCUUCAGGAACGUGUUGAACCUCUAAGUAAACUUAUGUCUCAAUUAUCCAGUUCCUCUGAUCAUCAAACAUGUGUCGACAAGUUGUGCACGGAAUUGAAGCAGAUUGAAAGUAAAAUCUAUACAUUAGACGUCAUUUCUGUGGAUCCUGAAGAUAUUAAAGCAGCAGUCAACAGUGGACGAACAAUGCUUGCAACGUUAAAUGAAUUAAAAACUGACUUACUCAGUGUAAUGAAUAUUGGUGAGUCUUUAUAUGAUGAUGAGAAAAGUAUGCUAACGGAAAAAACCAGCAAUGAGUUAAAUCUGCUAUCUGAAAAACACAAUCAGUUAAUUAUGCGCAUUUUAUCAGCUUUGGAACGUCUAGAUAAAGCCUUACCAUUAAUUGAAGAGUUGGAAAGUCUAAUGUCACAAAUAAAUGACAAUUUGUUGAGUGUUGAAGAGGUGACUGAUUAUUUGGAGACAGCUGACUGCCCAGUAUCAAGAAAGGAUUUAUUACAGAAAAUUUAUGUAAAACUAACAAGGCUAUGCCAAGAUAAUGGAACAGUCUGUAAAAUUAGACAAGUUGCGAGUAAAUUAAAAUCAUUGACACCAUCGGAUAAACCAGAAUUAACUGCUGACCUAUUUAACGAAAUUGAAGAUCACCUGCAUAAAGUUAUUAUGGCUAAAGAAAUCUUUCAAUCACAAAUGGAGGAGGCUGAAAAGGAUGCUAAACACAAUGAAUUAUUGGACAGUUCAUUGAAUCAAUUAAAACUACGCAGUGUACCAACACCGGAAUUUGUUGACAAGCUGUCGGCUGAAGUCUACUCAGACUCCGUGAUCCAUAAAUCAUCAGGUGAAAACCUUUUAUCAAUAAAUCGUCUAAUUGAUAAUCUCCUGAAAUCUGACAGUCAAAUAUCAUCCACAGUUAAAAAUCUGGCAUGUGAAAUACGCAUACACUUCAAUGGGAUAUUGAAUUUUAAUCGUUAUUGUCUAGGACAAAAUAUGCAACUGACUUCGCUGCAGUCCAAUUCACGAGCAGAUGAUAAACAACAAAUGACUGUUUUUGAAACCUCGAUCUCUGAAAGGAAAACGUUGCUACAGACCUAUUUCAAGUUUACAGAAUCUCCAGGUUAUCGUAUUCAUGGAAUGAACGGAAAUGAUUGUCAACAUUUAAAAAGAAAAUAA